GCUACAGCUACAUUUGGAUUCACUGUACAGUGUUUGCUUGAAUUUAUCUUAGAUCUCCAGCAUCCAGUCCUCUUCUUUUACUGUACAAUAUUCCCGAGUGAACUCAGCACACAAGGAUUCCAUUCGAUACCAACAUCCUGUACCUUCUUUAAUUACGCUGACAUAAAACUCUUACUUCUUUUGUAAUUUCAUAUACUUCAUUCAAGCGUUUUUGAGCUGUUUCGAUAAAGCUCUUUGGACAUCUAACCCGUACAUAAAGUUAGAUCAGGUCAUAUAAUUCGAAACUUCUUCUUAGAAAGACGGUGUCUUUGGUUGAUAAAGCUUAAGGAUCUGCAAGAAAUUCUUGAUCUUCUCAUCAUACAUUAAAAGGUCACCAUGAACGACUCUACUAAUGGGCAUAGCACAACUACCAACGACGUAUCAGCUGCACAAACAAAUGGAAGCACGGCAUUAUUAUCACAAAUCCAUGAAGCCCUAGAACUUGUCCAUAAUCCGUAUUCCUCCAAUCAGUCUCGUCAACAAGCCUCAAGCUUCCUAGAGAAUAUCAAAGCCGAAGACGAAGCUCCUUAUCAUGGUUUUACCUUAGCAUCCGAUAAAUCUCAACAGCCAGUUGUACGCCACUAUGCACUUUCUCUCCUGGAGCAUGCGAUAAAACAUAAAUGGGCAGCAUAUUCGGAAGGGCAAGCAAGUGCAUUGCGACAAUGGGUUAUUCAACUCUCCGAGAAUCUAGUCCAAGAGGACCCCUUAUAUCUGCGAAAUAAGACAGCGCAACUUUGGGUGGAAAUUGCGAAAAGAAGCUGGGGAUCAGAGUGGACUGAUAUGGAUAAACUUCUUGUGGGAUUAUGGGAGCUUCCGGGCACUGUAGUUCACAAAGAGUUUGUUCUGUUUGUUCUCGAGACCCUCUCCGAUGAGGUCUUUAAUGGCGAAGAUGCUGUAACCGUUUUACGUGAGGGUGCUCUGAGCAGAGCUUGUGUUGAAAUCUUUACACCGGCGGUUGUGCUAUCGGAAGCAUUCCCAAAUCGACAGCUAGGUACCGUUUUGAGACAUGGAGAUGAAGGUUGGCUAGUAAGAAUUGGUGAAUUGCUUGGCCAGUGCCUUCAACUAGACAUUUCGGGUCCUCAGUACCAGAGUUGUGCAGUUAAGAUAUUAGCUGUUUACAGGUCUGUGGUGCCCUGGACCGUACCCAAAGCCAUAUCCAGUGCCCAAUGCGUUCAAUACAUGUGUAAAUGUCUCGCUGCGUCUAGUACGCCAGUGCAACUGGUAAGUUUUCAAAAAGUACUCGUGAGGCGAGCCUACAGCACUGAUACCUCCUAGGCAUCUGUCCAAGCUCUAUUUGCACUUUAUACUCGCGUGCAUUUUUCGGAUGAAGAAUUUAUAGAGCUCGUAUGUCCGAUGUAUACCAGUGAAGUGGUUGGUUUACUACGAAAUCUAUUCCAGUGGUCCGUAGUAGACGCCAAUGAUAUUGAUGAUGAAAAAUAUCUAUUUGCCAAAAAGUUUUCUGAGGUUUGAUACAUUUUCGAGAAUCUCGUAUUCAUACUGACUUCAUGUAGAUGAUGUCAAAUCUUGGAGUAUUCGUAGAGUCAAGAAUCUUAGCUAUACCCGAAUCUUCCGAUCUUUCCAAUCUUUUGAACCUUUUCCUUGCCAUUGCUCAAAGUCAAAGUCUUGUCGUUUCGAUACCCGUUAUUCUUACCUGGACAAAAUUACUCCGCUCACCAAUGAUCGGAGGGUCUCCUCUCAUGACCCCUUUGAUCGCACCUCUUUUAGAACUUUGUACUUCACGCCUAAUUCGAUAUGAGAACAUGCCAGAUGACUGCGAAGAUCCAGAAUACCUAUUUCUGAAAGAAGACAUUGAUACGCAGCCGGAGAGACACGCAUUUCUUGGAAAUUAUCGUCGAUAUUGCUCUCAAGUCAUAGAGCUCGUUGUUCGACAAAAGCAAUCCGAGGCUCUAUAUCAUAUAUUGGGUCAAGUGAAUAACUCUUUGCAGCAUCUUUAUGAUGGAUGUCCAGCUUUUACUGGUAAUUGGCCCCGUAGAUUUUAAAUCACAAAUGAUUGACCUAGAUUUAGUGGAAAACUAUUCCAAAACUUCAAUACCAAUACUACGAGUCGAUAAAAAUUUUACUGUAGUAGAAGCUGCACUAAAGGGAUAUAUGAAAUGGCGCGCGGGUCAUGGCGCCAAUCCUCAACGAGAUGUAAGCAGAAGCAGGAUGGAUUUAACACAUGUAACUGAUUAUCACUAGGAGCAAGAGCGCACAAGCAUAGAGGGUAAUUUAGAAACUUGGUGUGAACGAUUCUUAGAGCUUAGAUUCGAGGUAUGUUGUGGUCAUGCCAUUCUUAGUCUAGUCUGACCUCUUCACUAGGAUCCAAUAAUUCAAAAGAGAAUUAUACAACUUGCGGUUGCUCUUUCGACGACCGCUCUAGAUAAGAAAGUAGGCUUCAUGUUGAAAGUACUAGAGCAUAUCUUGAUGACACAACCAAUCGAAUAUCCAAACGCCCCUGCUUAUAACGAAGCUGUGAAAGAGCUACAGACAGAGUCCGCUUAUGAGCUGCAACGACUAGCCGCGAAAAUGCCUGAUCAAUUAUUGGCAAGUUAGUUCAAUGUCUUCAGGAAAUGCUACUAAUUUAAGCUCGCAGGACGUCUAUGAUCAGCUCGAAGCAAAGGUCAAUGAAAUCAUUUCUACCAGAAAUCUUGAUAAAAAGCGCCAGACGUCUUAUCAAACUUUCUUAUUCACGAUCAUGUAUGGUUCUGUCUUCCAGUAAUCUUUCAGGUACAAUGCUAAUUCUAGCAGCCAUCGGAACUCAAAAAUUGACCCGGAAACUCGCCUCCAGAAACUGAAAAGGUUUCUGACACCUGUACAAACAAGCUGGCAGGAUCCAGAAAUGAAUAAGGCGAUUGAAGGUUUCACUGGGUUCUGUGACUUACUAGGAUUGAACCGCGUAAGAGACUUUCUUGUCACAAGGCGAGUUCAUGAGAUUCAGGAUUGGUCGACAUAUCAGCUAGACUCUGAAGCGCAAUCAAUACAGAAAGAUAUGGAAGAGAGAUUAAAGGUAUGUCGAAUGUUUGAUAUGUGAAAUUGUUACUGACCUAGAUCCAGGCAUUACCGUUGAGAACUACAAAAUCAUACCUAGGUUGCUCAACAGAGAAAUUGGACAAAGAAGACCCCGCGUAUAAAAUUUCCUGCAAUUUAUGGCGAAAUGCAUUGCCUAUCAUACUACCGAAUCUUCUCAAGUACCUAAGGUAGUACAAAUUUUCUCUUCAUUAAAUCUUCUUGCUAACCCUUUAAGUCAUGCUCAUGCUUUCCAUAAUCCCGCGAAUUGGAACGAACUUCCCCCGGAAAUGUCACCUAUUGUUAGUCGCAUUUUGACAGACCGCUUCUGGCAAGCUGGAAUAUCUGUUGGAAGUAAAGACGACUUCUACGCUAGGGUGACUGGUACCAAAUCUACCAUGGAAGGUCUUGCAUCAUCCAUACGAGGCUCAAUCCGUACCGUGAGAGAGUCUUGCUAUUCAAUUCUUUAUUGCAUGAGUCGUUUGGACGUCGACUUUUAUGGAUUCAACGAGCUUCCUGGACCUCUUGCACAUGCUCUAUUUGCGGAUGCGCAUUGUCUGUCUUCGCAUCAACUCAUUGCGUUGUUGAAUGUUGUGCGACUUAUGGUGGACGAUUGUCCCGUUGAAGUUCGAUCUCAUUUCGUACCUCCAAUUUUGGCGUCUUGCUUCACUCAAAUGGAUGCCAAAUGUAGUUCCGAAUGGGAAAGGCUUUCCCAUAAAGAGGUAGUUCCUGCAGAUGAAGAUACUUUGACUGAGGAGAUGAAGGAAGAGAGCAUAUUGCGACAAUUGACAUAUACAUCCGUCAUGAUGAUUGCUGCAUUUUUAGAUCCAGCACGACCAAGUGAAUUAUCAAGGACCUUCAUGAUAUUGCCAGAGCUAACACUUUACCAGACAUCGGAAGCGCUCCUGCGCCAAGGUCAGCCAAAGAGGCUUCGACCUUUGUUCAAGCUCAAGCGAACGCAUAUUCAAGCAUGAGAACGUUUUGCCUCACAUCAUCAGCCAUUCUAGAAUCUCUUCUACUUUUCCUUACUCACGCAGUCCGAAUGCGAGAUACCCGUUGCUGUAGUGUUGUCCUCCGCGUGUUCCGAUCAACCAUCCCUGACUUUGAUUCGGAUAACGAAUCGCCCCUCGCGUCCUCCAUUCGAGAAUUCAUCAGCACCGAAGUUCUUAAAGCUGUCAUCUCAUCCCUAAAUGAACCAUACUUCGUAGACCUACAAAAGGAACUUGCUCAUGUAAUUGCAUCGAUUUUAGUUUCUUACGGACCGGUUACAGGAACUCCGAAACAAAUCCUCCUCAGUUUACCUGGUAUUCAAGGAAAAGCAGUAGAUAAAUGUAUCGAAACAUUGGGAAGACAAGGAAGUCAACAGAGAACCCAAAGAGCGCUAGUAUUGGAUUUGUUGAAGGAUUUGAAGGGCGUUAGUAUUAGUGAACAGGGGAGGAUCUCAAAGAGUGCGAGUGUAGUGAGGAAGGAGAGGAGUAAGAUGCAAGAGGCUUUUAUGAGGGGUCCGGUUGAUGCUGAUAAGAAGAUUAAGAGUGAGAUUGAUGAUUUGGAGGGCGUGGCGGAGCUUUUUGAUAAUUGAUGUGGGGGAAGGGGAAUGGUGGGGUGGUGAGAAUAGAGUGGGAGGACCGAGAAGGUGAAGGAUAUGCUUAUUGAUGGGGAAAUAGAUAGAGGGGUUUUGGUUGAUGGUGAAUUGGAAGUGGGCUAGACGUUGUAAAGGAAAGGAGAGCAAAGGAAAGGAAAGUAAGGUGUGUUCAAGUGGUUAAUACAGCGCCCUGGCUGGUUUAUGAUGGGUUGAUGAUUAUGUUGUUGGUUAUU